CUCAUUACUUCCCUCACGAAGCAAGCAACACCGACACGUACAUCUCAAUAUCUGCUUCAACUCGAUCGCCACCCGAUCUCUCUUUCGUUCAGCUUCCCCACUCGAUCGCCAUGGACGGCCUCAUUCCCAUGGCUUACCGAGCCCUCAAGAAGCACAACACUCGCCGCCGCUACCAAUGCCUCUCCGCCGACAACGACGCCCAAGUCAGCGAGCGACCACCCACAUCGGAGAACGGUGCCAGCAGCGGUUCAGGUCAUCAUCAGCGGUACGUCUCGGCCGGAGCUUUCCUGGAGUCGGAGGAUCAUCACCAGCGUUACAGUUCUUCGGCCAGCAUGGUCGUUGUUGACGACGCGGAGCUACUCGGAAGCGGCACCGGAGGACGACGGGCCACCAACCGGCGGCUGUUUCACUGUUUUACCUAGCUAAUUCCGAUUCUGCCCUGAUGUACGUAGAUGCCGUAUGGCUGUGCAGUUAUGAGAAUAAAUAUUAUUGUGAAAU